AUGGCAUCCGGAGACGAGGUCCAACAGCACGCGCGCCAUCUCACCGAUACCUCCGAACCAACUCCGACCCUCUUCAGCCUGCUGUCCACGACCCUCAUUUUCCAUCAGACCAUCCCGCAUCUUCCCAUCUCUACUGUCCUCAACCUCGCCUCGGCAUCCCGAUCCUUCCGCGACCUUCUGCAGUACACCCCGGGUGCGUACCGCCAUCUCGACUUGACUCGGGUCAAGACUGCGCAGUUCGAUGUCGACGGCAUCGAUCACGGCGGCCAGGUCUGGCGCAACGUGCAGCUCGACGAGAACCUGACCGAAGAUGACUUCUACUCGGGGCCCCUGAGAGCCAUAUUCCACAAUAUCCGAAGACGCAAUAUACUCCAGGAUGUGCAGACCUUGGUUCUGGACGGGCUUUCGGUGACGGCCGAGUUCUGCAACGACAUCCUCGUGGAUCCCUCGCUGCGCGUGCGCAUACUCUCCAUCCGAGAGGUCAAGAACCUCAACGAGCGGAAGCUGAUGCAGUCGCUGCGCUACGCCUGUCGACCGACUCGACCCGAGGGCACACCACGCUUGCAAGGGCUGUACGUGUUCGGGAAGAGAGACACGCCGUUACCUCCCGCGACAUCACCUAUUAAAUGCGUCGAAGCAGGUGGACGCAUCCACGUCAACGCCAAUGGGAACCCGAAAUCGCAACCCGCGAUGAGCGAGUCCAUACAGAACGAGGGCGACGACUGGUAUUGUCACAAGGGGCGACUGGUCAGCAAGCACAUCGCCCAGGGCUGGGCCGAGACACUUCUUGACUGUCGCGAGGUGCUUCGCUUUGACGCAGUGCUCUGUCGCGGCCCCCACCAUCUGAACUCGGCCGCAUACGGCAAAACUCCAGUAUCACCUGGCACAUCUGCUGCCGACCACCCAUGGGGUGUCGCGACCUUUGCCCUGGGCGGGUGUGCCUCGUGCGGCACUGCCCCGGAGGGCCUCACAGUGUAUGGAGAAUCACCCUCUGAGGAUCUGCCGCUGCUGUCACCCGUUCCGCUCCACUCGUCCAAUGUCAAGUCAGCAUCCCGUCCAGCUUCCUUUGGACCGAAGAACUGUGGGAAGCCCCAUUGCGACCAGUGGUGGUGUGAAUCAUGCUAUCAGGUGCCCGGUCGAGACGAGUCGGCAGCCCAGCAUGUCCACAUUGUCGACGAGACGGACGGGCUGGUGGAUCAUGAACUGGCCGUCUUCCAGCCGCCGAAACUCAAGACUCGAAAGAUCGCUCGCAGUUGCUGGGAGUGCGGAAGCAAUUGCCUCGACUGCAUCGCCAACACGCAGAAGCUCUGUAAAGGGUGUCGCGGCGGUUACUGCAUCAUCCACUAUGAGGGCUCAACGCUCACACUGUGCGACUACCGAGCUCGGCCAACGCGCGUGAGCUCUGAUGUAUUCUCUCGAAAUACACCCCUGGCAAUCUCCGACGAGGACCGAGUCAAGAAGGCUCUGCUUCAAGUUUUGUUCAUUCCAUAA